AUGAAGUACACAGACGGCCAAGUCACCUAUUCCUCCUCGCAGAUCAUCGAUCUAGAGGCCAACAACCAUAAACCCUCAAUGGAAAACAUCCCCUUGUCAACUUAUGCCACUGCACAGGCUCAGCCAUGUGACACCGCCUGGCCAGGCAGCCCUGAGGAACAGACAAGUGAUCAGGAGCAAACAAAGGCGCUGGAACCGAGACCUACCCUAGCCCCUAGUAUUUACCUAUGUUUGGCUGACUGUUGGUAUAUCGUUGAUAAGGCUAGUGCUAUGAGAUAG